UCAAUGCAGAGUGAUACAGAUCAUUUCGACUGCUUAUUCGUUACUGUCUGGGUGUAGUCUCACGUCUGGAAUUGACUUACAUCACAUUUCUUGAGGCAACCAACGCGUUGAUUCGUUCAAGGAUGUGGUGGGUUUAUCUGAUGCUGACACUGAGUGUAUGUAACGGGGCAUCCAUUCACGAUGCGAGACGUUUACAAAGUUCCCUGUUUUCAAACUACACAUCCGAGCUCAGACCACUGACCAACCAGAGUGAAACAGUUAAGGUGUCUGCCACUGUUUACCUGUUAGAUAUAACUGACUUUGACGAUGUGAAACAACAGUUUAUCUGUAAUGCUAUAUUCUACGUCAAAUGGAAGGAUGAGUUCUUGGUCUGGAAUCCUGAGGACUUUGGUGGCAUCAAAUAUUUCACGUUCAACAAUGGCUAUAAGGCAUGGUUUCCGAGCAUAACGGUGACCAACACACUGGAAAAGCGAGACGUUUUCAAGAAAGAUACUCAGCGCAUGACAGUUUUCAGUAACGGGACCGUGCUGUGGUUUCCGUCCGCCAUCUUGAAGACGUCUUGUCCACUCAAUAUCCACAUGUUCCCCUUUGACGUCCAGGAAUGUUCCAUAUACCUUAUGGCCGUGCAUUACACGGUCGAAGAAGUGGAAUUUGUGACUGGAAGUGAUAAAGUCUACGUUGAUCGAUUUCAAAGAAGUGACCAGUGGGAUUUACUGGACACCAGUUUAUCAUCAAUCAGGACUGGUGAUGUGGACAAGUGGCGUAUUACCCUCAGAUUUCAGCGUCGACCGUUGUUCUACGUCCUCAACGUCCUCGUCCCCAUGGUCAUUCUGUCCAUUCUCAACGUUGCCGUUUUUGCUGUCCCUGUUGAAUCUGGUGAAAAACUCUCCUUUGCCGUCACAGUGCUUUUGUCACUGGUCGUCUUCAUGACGUUUGCAAGUGAACGCAUCCCGAAGACGUCGACAGGGAUAUCCAUGUUGACGGUGUAUCUAACGACGGUGACAGCUUCUAGUGCCGUCAACGUCAUAAUGACCAUUGUUGUUCUCAUCCUUCACAACAAACCGAAUACGGAAGAGAUUCCAAGGUGUUUUCAGAAACUUGUUUCCUUAGUUCGUAAGGUAUCUUGCAGGAGGAUUUAUGUCUUGGACGCCACGACCACAGAGAGGUCCAUGGAAUGGAAGGAUGUUGCUGAUGCACUGGAGUAUUUCUUCCUGAGAGUGUUUCUGGUCAUUGUGAUUGUCUACACUUCCGGAUUCUUCAUCAAACUUUUUCGACGGUAAAUAUAUCCAAUGUAACUUAGGGUUACAGUUAAAUAACUUAAAUUUUCCAAAUUUAAUUAUUAUGCUGGUGCGAUAUAGGUUAUCAUAAUGGUUGUUUGAUAAUGAUCAUUUGGAAUUGGAACACAAGAUGGGAUAAGAUGGGAAAGUUGCCACUUUUGGAUCAGCAGCGCAUACUACCGUGUUGAUUUGUGUAACAUUGGUUCACUCGAUGAAGCAGACUGCUAUAAGUCUCCCAACGGCGGUAUCAGGAAGUUUGUCUCACUCCUUUUGGAGCGCUUGGAUUAGUUCAGACAAAACUGUCAGCUGCCGGUGAAGUUGAUGCACACGUUUUCGGCUUCGGGUCAAUGUACCCUGUUGACAAAAAUAAUUACCCGCAGAAUAAAUCAACCGUCCUUGAAAGUAUAAAAGUCAGGAAUGACACCCUGUGCAUGUUUGUUGUUCUACAGUGUACGGCACAUGUAAACGAAAAGAUGUGUUUCUGUGUUCCGUUUUUCAGAUACCAACAUUUUUUACAAAGGAUGCUUGACACUCCUCCAUUGCUACUAACACUUGUAUUGGUGUUAAUACUUCAUGAUACCUACUUAAGAGUGUAUAUUUUCUAAAGUAGAAAGUCAAACAUGAAAGGAAAAUUACUUGCUGGUCUG